GUGUGCAUUUUGAUGGCGCCGCGGCGUUUCAUGAUUCAUUAUCGUCAGUCAAUCAGCAAUCAGCAUAAUCAUCAGUGGGGAGCUUUUUAUUUUAGCUGUCAGUUUGCAUUGCAACAUCGUCAAAAAAUACCGACCGAAUCUUUUCGUGUUCCUCCUGCGCGGAUUAUUUUGCGGCUUCCUCCGAAACCGGUGCCGAACGGUCACUUCACUGGACCUGAACCAACGUUCAUUGAAUCGUUUCGCAGUUUUCGAGUGUGGUAGAAUUAAGUUUACGCCGUCCAAAGAAUAGCAAUGCCCGGAAUGUUGGAGAAAUCGGCCUCCGACGCUGAUAAACACCUGAGCGAUAUUACGGCCAUCGUUUGCUCCCAGGACCACGUAUUCACUUCCGGCGGGGACGGAAACGUUAAGGUAUGGAGCAAAGACCUCACCCUGACAAAGGAAAUUGCCGUCCACGAGGGAUGGAUCUAUGCGAUGGCAGUCGACUCCCGCGGUCGGAUAUAUACCAGCAGUAGCGAUGGCACGAUCCGCUGCCUGCCCAAACCGUUACAAUCGGACGAGGUUAAGGAACUACUAAAAUGCGGAGAUGACAUCGAGUCCCUGUUCGUAGAUAGCAAAGACAAUCUUUACAGUGGCGACGACAAGGGCAUCGUAACCAUGUGGGUGGACCACCGGAUGAAGUUCAAGUUCAACCUGGUCGAAGAGGUACGCUCGUUGGUCAUACAGAACAAUAUCAUCUAUUCGAUAAGGGAAAAUGAUCUGACGGUAACGGAGGUACUGGAAGGGUCGGCCAACGGCCGGUACAUGACCAAGGCGAGCAUUCCUGGCCGGUGUCCCGUGACCCUCUGUGGCAGCUGCACCAACGGAGUCAGCAACAACGUGGCCAUCGUUACCCGCGACGGGCUCGGCAUAGUCUUCAUCAGAAAUAGCGCCAAAGAACAGUUUCGAAUGCUGUGGACCAAAGAAAAAGCCCACGACAUGAUCAUCAACUGCCUCCUGGGGACGGAUGAGUACCUCUACUCGGCGGGUUACGAUGGCUUCGUCAAGAAGUGGUCGAGUUCGGACAAGGAUCCCCAACUGCUGGCGGAAGUGAACCUCGCGGCAGGUUGCUUGAAUGCCCUCCAGAUAGGAGCGGAUAACAACUCAGUGUACGUCGGAGGCAGCGACGGGAUUCUGAAACUGGUGAAAUUUUCCUAAUGAAUCGGGACGUAGGUAGAACUGGUAGGCAACUAGUGAGUGGGGGGGGGGGGGAGCGCAGCGUAAAGUGCCAUCAAACCAAAAAGUUACACAUACGAUGAUGAUGUCCCGUGGAAAAUCAACUUGCCGGAAAUCUUGCGCGCUCCAGUUGCGUUUGCUACGGUGGUUCAACCACUUCCGGUAGUACACGUUUUUGGACAAUUUUUGAGCUUUUGUUAGUCUUUUUUGUUAAUGUGGUAAGUGAAGCGUACGCCAAAGUGAAUUUGUUUCCUAUAAAAUAUAUUAUGAGGCAUAACGAUGCCUGAUUUGAGUUCGAGUAUUUCAUAAAAAACAGUGAUGUGAAAAAAAUAAAUCUCGAAAUUUAUA